CAAAGUCUAUCGAAUUCAUCAUACUCAAGACGCAAACAAACAGCGAUAGGAAAGCCCAGUAGGCUAUUUAUGCGACUUCCUGUCGACUCGCCAACUUCUCAUCAAGGGUCACGGGUUUCGCAGUAUUACAGAGAGAUAUACAAGGCAGGGACAUCUUAUUAGUAUGGUCCGCAUCCUCCAAAAUGCCCUCGCUCUUGCCAUGGUCGGACUGAUGUUGAUGUUGCCCAGCCAAGCUGCCCUUAGCCCCCCGUAUGGCGACCGGCGAGGCGUCAAUUAUAACUGGAAGUGGAGGUCUGGAAGGGCAACUUGGUUUGGUGGUUCAGACGGGUGGUCGAUACACAACGGAAGCUGUAAUUACCAAUACAUCUAUCCUGACGAGCCGCUGGGCUGGGACGUGGCGGCCCUUACUGACGUCAUUAGCGAGUAUCCAGACAGCUGCGGGCUUUGUUAUGAGGUGGCUUGCGACUCUACCUGGACAUCCGAUAACUAUGGAUCGUCGUUUGACCGUACCGCAUCAUGCUAUGACACAGAUGCGAGUCUCGUAGUGCGCAUAGUGGACGUCUGCCCCUGCCAGUAUCCCAGCAACGCGUAUAACAACAAGCGUUGGUGCUGUGGCGAUCGGGACCACUUGGACAUGUCUAUUUGGGCUUUCGAGAAGCUUGCCGAGACGCGCUGGGGUGUUAUUCCUAUCCGCUAUCGCCCAGUUCCGUGCGACUACAAACCAUCUAAGAAGGCAAAGUCAAUCUCCAAUCCCACCCCGGCCGUGAAGCCGCCCGCCGGUGAUGUCAGGCGCACCCGUGAUUGGCCCGAGUACUUCCCUGACAGCAGCAACACACGCUUAUCUGUCUUCGAGGACGGAUAUGCGAGUGGCAUUGUGGAUAAUUCAUGGAAGAUGCAACUGCAGUCCCUGGCUGAUUCCUCCAAGAGUGGCGCUGCUGGCAGCCAAGCUGUUUGCGGCAAGGUCCCGAUUGGGGGUGCCCUCGCCUUCCGCGGCUGGAACGGCAUGUUCAGCAAGCGCAAGGCGUUAGAGUUCUGGUUCUACGUUGGUGCUACCGGCUGGGAUGGCAAGGACCAGAAGACACCCGACCUUUGGGUCAGCGUCUCGGGGAAGAAGGGUGGUUGCAAGCCGAGCCGCGUUAUUGAUAGCAAGCCGAUUUACUAUGAGCCGAUGUGGAAGCCUUACGCCCAGACGUACUACUGGGGCUGGCAAAUCUACCUGCCCGUCUUCAACGGCUGGAAAGUCAACAGCGUCAUCAACAAGUACUCAGACUUCACGGGCUGUGGUGGAAACAGCGUGUGGGAUCUGGACACCAUCGAGUUCCGUAACGACGGUUGGGCAGAACAAUGGGCAUGCGUCGACAGGGUCCGGCUCAUCUAGCUGACAACCUGGCAUACGCGGCGCAUGCAAGACAGUCACAUGACCACCUUAUGGGCUAUAGCGUGCAUGGUUGGGAACAAAGCAACAAGAUUUCUGCCGCCAGUUAAAUAUGGACUUCCUAGCUUGUGAUACAGCCGCAGGAGUAUUCUAUGACCUCCAUGUUAAUAGUUAGCGUCCGUGCACGUAAAUAUCCAUGGUGUGACAACUUAGGCGUGCUUGAACUGCAAACUGCCAACCUCUUAGCGAAUUUUUGAUUGCAUGGGUAUGUGGGCGCUGCUCGUAACUGGCAACUCCUGUGCACAUAUUGGUGCACAAUGCCUUGUGACUCUUGCUGAUUAGCUCUAGUACUGCUGCGGAGGUCAUAUUAGGAUGAACGUCACCUGUGAUAGGCUGGCAUACUUGCAGGGAUCGCUAUUAUUACAACACAUUCGGAUAUGUUACGUCAGUUUUGUCGAGUGUCCAUGUAUUAAGGAUUG